UUUUUUGUAGUUUAGUGGAGAUAAAGAGUCUCAGACUUUCUUGCCCAAGCUAGCUUCAAACCUCAAUCCUCAGAUCUUAGCUCCCUGAGUAGCUAGGAUUACAAGCACCUGCCACCUGCUGUUCAACUGUUCUUUGACUAAAAUAUUCAUAACAAAUACUGGAUAUUAUAUCACUUUACCUCAUACUUCAGUAUACCUCUCUAAAACGUGGCCCUUUUUCAAAUAUAAUACUGUCGUCCUACCUAAUAUUUAUCCACAGGCCAAAAAUAAUCAUUAAAUUUUUUGAAGAUAGGAUAUAACUAUGUAGCUCAGGCUGGCCUUGAACUUCUGAUCCUCUAAGGCUGAGGUUACUGUUGUAUGGUACCACACCCAGCUUGAAAAUUUUUAUGUGUAGUCUCUUUUCAUAGCUCCUGCAUCUGGUAACCUUAGAACACAGGGUCAACAAGGUCACUCAUUGCCUAUUCUGUUUCACCUGAUAGCUGCAGAAGAAAAGGAGCCUGGCUCUGGACUCAGUUAUCUCAUUUGGGGCUGGGGAUGAGUGAACAGCUCACCUUUGUGGUUCUGCAGACUGUGAUAUUAGAUAUUGAGCCGUGCUCUGCUUCCUAGGCAUUUCAGACUACCCUCAAUGAUUGAUCAUCAUAACUUACAGGAAUUUUUUAAACAAUAUUUUAAUUGGAAAAAGCAUCUGUCAGCUGUCAGGCUUCCAGUUUCCACUUUUGAGAAGCAGGAUGUUGAAUGUGAGUAAUGACACAACAGGCCUAUAAAAUGCGGACUAACCCUGGGAUGACUCAUCCAGUACAAUGCAGUAUAUUUGUCAAGGAGACUGAAUCAUAUAUGGGGGAAACCACUUCUCAAGAAGCCAGCUGGUUCUCAGGUCAGCCAGAGACAAUCCAUUUUUAUCGGAAGCUUUAGAGUAGCAAUAAUGCUAAUACCCAGCACUUGGGCUCCACGAUGUAGAGGAAAUGGCAUCGCCCGGCAGUGACAGCUAUAUCGUGCGUGUCAAGGCUGUGGUUAUGACGAGAGAUGACUCCAGCGGGGGAUGGUUCCCACAGGAAGGAGGCGGGAUCAGUCGUGUGGGGGUGUGUAAGGUCAUGCACCCUGAAGGCAGUGGACGCAGCGGCUUCCUCAUCCAUGGUGAACGACAGAAAGACAAACUGGUGGUAUUGGAAUGCUAUGUAAGAAAGGACUUGGUCUACACCAAAGCCAACCCAACAUUUCAUCAUUGGAAGGUCGAUAAUAGGAAGUUUGGACUUACUUUCCAAAGCCCUGCUGAUGCACGAGCCUUUGACAGGGGAGUGAGGAAAGCAAUCGAAGACCUUAUAGAAGGUUCAACAACAUCAUCUUCCACUAUUCAUAACGAAGCUGAGCUUGGUGAUGAUGACGUUUUUACAACCGCUACAGACAGUUCUUCUAAUUCCUCUCAGAAGCGGGAACAACCUACCCGGACAAUCUCCUCUCCCACAUCCUGUGAGCACCGGAGGAUUUACACCCUGGACCCAUACCCCACGGACCAUUAUCACCUUGACCAGCGGAUGCCCAGGCCCUACCCGCAGGUGAACUUCCCCGACGACGACGAGGAGGUCGUGCGCAUCAACCCCCGGGAGAAGAUCUGGAUGACGGGCUACGAGGAUUACAGGCACGCUCCGGUCCGGGGCAAGUACCUGGACCCCUCAGAGGAUGCCGACUCGUACGUGCGCCUGGCCAAGGGCGAGGUCCCCAAGCACGACUACAACUACCCCUACGUGGACUCCUCCGACUUCGGCCUGGCCGAGGACUCCAAGGGCCGCUGGGGCAGCGUGAUCAAGACGCAGCCGCCCCGGGGCAGCAAGGGCCGGCGGCGCAAGGAGGACGGCGAGCGCUCGCGGUGCGUCUACUGCAGGGACAUGUUCAACCACGAGGAGAACCGCCGGGGCCGCUGCCAGGACGCGCCCGACCCCGUGAGAACUUGCAUCCGCCGGGUGAGCUGCAUGUGGUGCGCCCACAGCAUGCUCUACCACUGUAUGUCGGACCCCGAGGGAGACUACACAGACCCUUGCUCGUGCGACACCAGUGACGAGAAGUUCUGCCUCCGGUGGGUGGCCCUCAUCGCCUUGUCUUUCCUGGCCCCCUGUAUGUGCUGUUACCUGCCCCUCCGGGCCUGCCACCACUGCGGAGUCAUGUGCAGGUGCUGCGGCGGGAAGCACAAAGCGGCCGCCUGACUCAGUUUCCCCCCUUGUCCCCAACCCCCCCCUCCUCAGCCUACAGGGAACUUGUGUCUCUCUCUUACACACCUUCUCCUCUCCGGCUCCCUUCCACUCCAAAGGGGGCAAGAUGAGCCACUGAGGCCUCUUUCUUGGUCAGCAUCCAUUCCAGCCUGGGGAACUGCCCUGUGGACUCUCUUACUCCCCAGGGCCGGGGUUCGGCCAUACCCCCCUCCACAGCUCGCACAGUGUUCUGACGGGAAGGAAUCUUCCGCAGAGACUCGGAUUCUUACCAACCUGUAAUCCCCGCUAACUGUCUUCUCCAGGUGUUGAUUUCCUGCCUCUCCUCCACCCCCUUUUCCCUCACACACCUCUUCCAGUUCAAAGGAGUCUGCAGUGGAAACGACUAGAAUCGGGUGUUGGGUUUGCCUGGUGGAUGUUUUCCAAAAGCACGGAAGACUUCAUCUUUGUCUGGGUUCGGUUUGCCUGUUGCUGGAGGGCAUCAGGCUCCUGCAGCAAUGUGUAGUUGGAAAAGAUGAAAAACCCUUGCAGCAGCAGUAAUCUAACCCGCACCCAGUCAGUCGCCUUGUAUAGGAGGUGAGCUAGUCAACUAUCUUGUACUACAAAAUAAUAGCGCUUUAACUUUUCUACAGCUAAGUUAACCAUGUAAGCUGCAGUUUCCAUGUUUAGUCUGCCAUCAUUUCCCCCCCACACACACCACCAUCAAAAAUCUGUUGAAUUUACUCACUGAUGCAAAAUAUUCGCCUGUCAAACGACUGAGAAUUGAGCCUUAAUUUCAGAUUAUCUUGGGAGAAUUAAGAAAAAUCCCUUCAACUGCAUUGCACCUCUUGGACCAGGGCUAGAAAGGGGAUUCCAGGUUUCUGGGAGCCCCCCUCAGCUUCCCCUAAAAUAGGACUUUCUAGAAUUAUGUUGCCACCACUUCUAAAAAAAGAAAAAAAGAACUAGCAAUAUUAGAAUAACAUGUUGAUGAAGACAUUUUUCUCAUUGUUUUUGCAAACCAGACACAAACCCAUGUUGGUUCAGAAACACCGAAGGUAUAUAGUGAAUAACACAUCCAAGCUUCCCCAACCCUGGUGACAGUUAUAUAUUAGCCAGGGGGGAUUUUUAAUGUGAUACAUUGAUAAACCCACCACUUGAGGAGUGGUAGACUGCAUUUUGUGUCGGUGGGUUUAUGUUUUUGGUUUCCAUUUUGGACUCAAUUUCACAUCAUCAAGCUUUCAUUUAUACUUGGGAAAAAACAAGGCCAUAUGUAAAAACCCUUCCAAUGCCUAAGUGUCUUUCUCCUGCAAUUCCACACCCAGCCUUGCCACUUGGCGUGCACAGAGGGUCAGGUCGCCAACUGAUUCUACCUGUCGCCUUGCCACGUAGGAGGCUUCUCAUUAGCUGGAAAAGAGUAUUUUUCUAAUAUAUUGUAAGGAAUAGCCAAAUCUUAUUGAAGAAUGAAGCCAGGUACUGGUGGCUCACACCUGUAAUCCUAGCUACUCAGGAGGCAGAGAUCAGGAGGAUUGCAAUUCAAGGCCAGCCUGGGCAAAAAAAAAAGUUUAUGAGACCGUGUUUAAACUGAUAGCUGGGUUCAAGGAUGUGUACUUAUCAUCCCAGCUGUGUAGGAUAUAAGAAGAUGAGAUCAGGAGGCAUCGAUGUUCCAAGCCAGUCUAGGCUAACAACUUUGAGAGAACCUCCCCCUAGCUCAACAACAAAAAAGGCUGGAUACAGUGGUCCAUACCUGUUAGCCCAGCUAAAGUGACAAGUAUAAAUCAGAAGAUCUAGGUCCAGUCCAGUCUUGGCAAAAAUGCGAGACCCUAAUCUCAAAAAUAACCAGAGCAAAAACAAAAACAAGAAGGGGGUGGGAGGACCGGGGACCAGGAGUGUGGCUCAAGCAGUAGAGUACCUGCUUAGCAAUGGCACAGUCCUAAGCUCAAACCUCAGUACACCUCUCCCUGCCCUGUGAAGAGGGGUUACCUGUACCUAGCAUAGUACAAUCAGAUCUUUCCAUGGUAAUUGCAAGCAGGAGACGUGGCCUGGUCCCCCACCCUCGCCCCUGCUUCCCACUCUCCCCUUUCUUGAUUGCACUCGACUUCAGUGUUCAAGGAAAGGACUCUUCCAGUCUUGCCAGUCACAUUGGGAAAAUGCUAGCCAUGCUUACCUUUGUUAGGAGUGUUUUAUUUCUUCGAGACAGAUUGUCAGUGUAAAUACUCCAGUCAGUGUGCUGAUGACUUAGUUGGUAGAUGUUUUCAUUUGUUGGAAUGACUGGUUGGAGCUAUCCAGUGUGGAAAAGGAGCAGAGAGCUGCACAUCGGGAUCCAUGGAAGGGAAGAGAACCCCUUCUGGAGAACAUCUAGCAAACCCUCAGCCAGCCUCCUACUAUGGAGAGACCACUGUCCCCUGCCUGAGGGACCGCCUCGGGGCCUUUCUGUAAGGUCCCCUCUGCAAAGCACAACACUAAUGUAUGUUUCGUCAGACCUCAGUUCCGUUGCCCCUAUUUAUUUCAAUCAGAACACACACGGGUCCCUUUGUGUUGGCCACCUGUAUGUAGCUGUCACUCGUCCUGUCUUCCUCAGCCCCUUGCUGGUUUCCAUCUCUUGAAUAAGAGUAUAUGCUAGUGAAUCUGACUCUCUGUAUGUAUCCUUUGGUUUUGUGAAGGCAGCGGUUCAGGGCACAAAGACAGCCAUGGGGACAUUUUGUGUAAAUACGUCUGUCUCUCUUCGCCACACUGAAGCUGAACAGUGUGCGGUAUUUUCCCAGUCAGCUUUGCCAUACUGACGUCAAUCAUUUGAGAGAAAUUAUUCAGAUUUUAUUUUUGUACCUGUGGUAACAAAACAUUAACCAAAAGAUUUUCUGUUUAGAAGCAUCCCUGAGACACACACACACACACACACACACACACACACACACACACACACAUCCCAAAGCUAUUUGCUGACAUUAACAAAUUAAAGUGCCUGAAGCAUAAUUCAUUCUUUACCUGUAUACUAAAAAAAAAAAACCCUGUUGUAUUGAUUUUUUUAUAAUAAGCCUUUUUACCUGUGUAAAAUAUAUAUAUACAAGUGUAUGAUGUAUAUUUUAGUUCUUAACUUUUUUUAUGGUUUCUAAUAUGUUUGACCAAUGUAGCCAUUGCGUUAAAAUGUAUCAUGUAAAUAUAAAAACAUCCUAUCAGA